CCUUCCCAGCGUCCGGGGGAGGGGGGUAGCGGGGUCGUUCCUGGUGGUCGCCUCGCCCCCUCCGCAGCCAGAGCCGGAAGACGCCCCCGGCCCGGCCGCCACGUGGGGCGAGGGGCGGGGCCGCUGCGUUAUAGUUGCUGACCACCAUGAGCUGGAGUUUCUUGACACGGCUACUAGAGGAAAUCCACAACCACUCCACAUUCGUUGGGAAGAUCUGGCUGACCGUCCUGAUUGUCUUCCGCAUCGUGCUCACCGCUGUGGGAGGAGAAUCCAUCUACUACGACGAGCAGAGCAAGUUUGUGUGCACUAAUCGAAAGCAGCCAGGGUGCGAGAAUGUUUGCUACGACGCAUUUGCCCCGCUCUCGCACGUGCGGUUCUGGGUCUUCCAGAUCAUCCUGGUCUCCACGCCCUCGGUGAUGUACCUGGGCUACGCCAUUCACAUUGCCCGGAUGGACCCGGAGAGGAAGAUCCGAGCAAGUUCUCUUCCCACGCGCUACCGGACCAGGUGGUAGCACCGGGCUUAGAAGAGUAGCGGAGGGACUAAUUCUCAUCAAUGGCAGCACCUACCGAUGAUACCCGAGAUUGAGCUGAGAGCGAGAGGGAGAAUAAGGAAACCCUACCGGGUUAAAAGCUCGCUAACGCACGGCAGGCGGCAGAUUCGGGAAGACGGGCUCAUGAAGAUUUACAUAUUGCAACUCCUGAGCAGGACUAUGUUUGAAAUCGGCUUCCUCGUGGGGCAGUACUUCCUCUUCGGGUUUGAAGUCAGCCCCAAGUUCAUUUGUACGAGGCAGCCGUGUCCGCACAAGAUAGACUGCCUACUUCAAGCUGCUUCAUCGAAAACCAUCUUCCUUGCUCAUCAUGUAACGGCGCGGAGCUGUUUAUGUUUCCUUCUGGAACGCCUGGGAAAUGGGCUUCACUUGGGUUUUGGGGACCAUCCAGACACGCUGGAACAAUAAACGGAAGGGAGUUAAAGUUACUCGGGAACCUACAGUUACCCGUUUACUUGGAAUACACCCUCUGCCCCUCCGGGCUACAACAUUGCAGUGAAACCAGACCAGAUCCAGUACACAGAGCUGUCGAAUGCCAAAAUGGCCUACAAACAGAACAAGGCCAACAUUGCACAAGAACGGCAGUAUGGUAGCAAUGAAGAAAACUAUUCCCAAUCUGGAGAAACCUCCAGUUUAGAAAUAAAGUCAGCUCAGGAACGCCUGGACCUCGCUUAUCCAGGCUCUACACAUAACCAAAACAACCCCCUCCCACUCCAAGGAGAAGAGGCCCAAAGCCAGCGCCUCAACAAGAGCAGUGGGAGUAGCCGGUCAGGGAGGGGAAAAACCGCCUCGAUUUGAUUUACCGGGACUCUUCGACGGAAUGAUUCGGUCUUUUACCCCCGUAGUUUAUGGUUACUCACAGACUUGUCCUGUAAGGACUUCGGUUAAAUAAAUAUUUGGUUUUGUUUAACUUCAGGGAUAACUUUGGCUGCCAAUCCAGGGUGCUGGGUGAGAAGAGCAGCUCCGCUCCCGUCCUGACGUUUCUAGGACAUUUAUACUUGUUUCUUCCAGAGAAGACCCCGGGUUUAUUUUUUAAAAAUGGUUUACACUGUAUGUACAGAGUUGUGGUACAUUUUAUUAUGCACAAUUUUUGUAUUUGUACAUUGGAACUCUCCAGUUACACUUUUUUAUAUUAAAAACAAGCAUAAGAGGUGACUUCGGGAA